UGUUGUUUUUUGGAUUCUUCUUUCGGAUCCAAAAAGAAGAAAACAUGCAAUGAACAUAGAGAAAUCCAAUCCUCUUUUCCCAUUUUUGAAUACAGUAAUCUUCAUCCAGUACUACCUUAUUUAAACCCUAGUCAGCAAGCUGUCUCUCUAUAAGUAACAAAGAAGAUCAAGAAGAAAACUUCUCAAAUUAUUUAAACUAAACCCUAACCAUGCAUACACUUCUAAUUCUACUUAUUGGUCUUGCCAUGAUCUCAUUCACCACCAUUGAAGCAACUGAUCCAGAUAUUCUCUCAGAUUUCAUUGUCCCGGAAAACCUAACCUCCAUUGAUGGAAAGUCUUUUACUUUCACCAGAAUGCGCAAAGUUUUUGAAGGCAAUCCUGAAAGCUUUCAAGUAACAAAAGCCGGUGUCAAGGAGUUUCCAGCUCUUGAAGGACAAAGUGUAUCGUUUGCGGUGCUUCAAUAUCCUCCAGCUGGAAUUAACCCAACUCAUACUCACCCUCGUUCUGCUGAGCUUUUGUUUCUUGUCUAUGGUUGCUUGCAAGUUGGGUUUGUUGACUCAAAGAAUGUGCUCUACACUCAGAAUCUCACCAUGGGAGACAUGUUUGUGUUUCCAAAAGGACUUGUUCACUUCCAGUAUAAUCCUCACAAUAAUUCACCCGCUAUUGCUUUGUCAGCUUUUGGAAGUGCAAAUGCCGGAACAGUUUCAGUUCCGGCCACUCUUUUUGCCACUGGGAUUGAUGAUGAAGUUCACCAAAUCGUUCAAGACUGAUGUCAAUACAAUUAAGAAGAUCGAAGCUGGCUUUAAUCCUCCUAAAUGAUAAGAGGACUAACAGAUUAUUCUCUAAACUAAUUUUUGUCCAUCUCAAGGAGGUUAUCUUAUUUACUUUAGUUUGCUAAUUUUAGUGAUUUAUGUAUUAGCAGUGCAUUUCUGUUAUGCUGAUUAUAAAUGAAUCAUUUUUAUAAUCUACCUUUACCAUGGAAAAUGGUGUUUGGGAUCCUGUGUUUUUGUUAAAAGGAUUUUCUUCCCUGCCCCCUUUACGCUUUACAUUGUUAAGCUCCCAUGUACAACUUUCUUUUCUUUUCACCUCA